CAUCUCAUGUUGAGCAGAAAGUGAGACGACAUGGACCUGACAGCUUCCUCCAUCUCUCUGAUGAUGAAUGUGCUGGUGCUGAUGUUGACUGUUCACUACGGCCUUUCACAAACAUCAGAGCGUACUUUCCCUCAUAUUGUCCCGUCACAACUGCAGCUCUUAGAAUACUCCAAUCUCACUGUGACAUGUGAGGGAUUUUUCAAUGACCUGAUCAAAUGGAGGGUGCUGCGGAGAAAAGGGAAAGGAAACCAAAAAACUUCUUGUAACAAAGAAGGUUUAACUUCUGUAAUGUGUCACAUUCCAAUGGUGUACCCGGGCGAUUCUGGAGAAUACUGGUGUGAGAGCGAGAACAGAAGGAGAAGUGAGAGCGUCCAGAUCACAGUCUCAGCAAAUGUAAUCCUGAAGAGUCCAGUUCGUCCGGUGAUGGUUGGAGAUAAUGUUACUCUUCGUUGCCUUAAAAACCCAAACCUAAAACCCUCCACAAAGUUUGACUUCUACAAAGAUGGCGUCCGUGUGGACACAAGUUCAUCUGGAGAGUUGACCCUCUACAACAUCUCACUGUCCGAUCAGGGGCUUUAUAAAUGUAACAUAUCUGAAAAGAAGUUUUCAAAAGAAAACUGGCUCCAAGUUAAAGCUGUGCUCUUGGAGUGUCCUGAUCAGCCUGUGAUGGAGGGAGAGAACGUGACUCUGUUCUGUAGAGACAAAAUGGCUGCUGCAAAAUACAUGUCCUUUUUCUACAAAGACGAUGAAAUGAUCGGGAACAGUUCCUCUGGAAAGUUGAUUCUGAACAAAGUUUCCAAAACGGACGAAGGAGUUUACAAGUGCCAAACCUCAGAGGACAGAGAGUCUGAGGAGCAGUGGUUGGCUGUGAGAGUGAAUAGCUCCGUCACGUCUGUCCAUGAUUCUUCAGGUGAAACAGGGUCUAUUUGGGCUCUGUUGGUCUCUGUUCUAGUCGUUCUGCCUUUGCUGCUGAUAGUUUUGAUGAUCAUCUGUAAAAACUGCAAAGGUACAAACAGUUCUGGUCCAGACUCCAGACGUCCAGCCACAGAGCCUGAGCAGCCCAGAUCUAUUUAUUCUGUGGUCAACGUCAACAUGAACACACAAGACCUAAAAGGACCUUCAGUUACAAGCGGUGAAGAUGAACCGAAGUACGGUGUUUUACUUAAAAGAAACAGUUCUGUGUACCAUGAUUUAAGGCCCCAAAGUUCUCUCAAGCUGGCUGCUAUCACCCCCAUCCUCAAAAAACCCAACCUUGACCCUGAUAACUGUGCAAAUUUCCGUCCCAUAUCCAACCUUCCCUUUCUGUCUAAAAUCCUCGAACGUGUCGUCGGAGCCCAACUCCAAACCCACCUCACCUCCAACAGUUUCUAUGAACCCUUCCAGUCCGGCUUCCCCUUGGACACAAUCAGCCACUCCAUCCUCCUGUCCCGCCUCAAAAACUCACUCAACAUCACCGGCUCUGCUCUCCUCUGGCUCCAGUCCUACCUCACAAACCGGCCCCUGCAGCAGGGAGUCCCCCAAGGUUCGGUGCUUGGUCCUCUCCUCUUCAUUCUCUACAUCCUCCCCCUCGUCAACAUCAUUCGUCGUCACGGUCUCCGCUUUCACUGCUACGCUGACGACAUCAAACUUUACAUCUCCACAACAUCCAUCAACCCCACAAUCCACUCUACUCUCACCCACUGCCUAACAGACAUCAAAAACUGGAUGAAUCACAAGUUCCUCAAACUAAACAGCGACAAAACAGACUUCAUCAUCAUCGGUCCACACAACAUCACCAAAUCCUCACAACACUUCACCCUCCACUUUGACAACACCACACUCUCUCCAUCCUCACUCAUCCGCAACCUCGGCAGUUGUGAUGUGGCUGAGGUGAGUUUGUCUUUCCGAAACUCUCAGAGACAAAAAUAA